CAAAUUGAGAUUGAGAUUGCGUUUUGAACGGUCGCAUGGCCUUGGCGUAAGGAUGGACCCCAAGUUCACGGCCGAGCAAGCGCUGCUUACGUCCUUGCACAAGCCGCGCGAGUACCACAAGAAGGAAGUGUCCAAGGCCUUCAAGGCGCUCAACAUUUCCGAUGCCGACAUGCGCUCGUACCGCAUCGAGCACCGCGGUGUGACCGAAGAAGACAUGGUCACCGAAGUCCGCGAGCUUUAUCACCAGCGCAGCACGACGUCCGAGGCGCCGGCAGAGAAGAAGAACGACAAGAUCCAGGCCAACGCGAUGCGACGGCGCGAGCGGCACACGGCGGCGCAGGCGCUCUACCAAGUCCAGCUCAAGACCAUUAGCGAGCAGCUCGAAGGCGACAUCCUCCGCAUUAGCGACACCAUCAAGGACGACCUUCUCGUCGUCAAGACGACGACGGACGAGCACUUUGGCCGGCUGCGAAGCAAGCCGUGGCUCAUCGCUGCGUCCCACGACCUCGUCGACGAUGCAUGGCGGGCUCUCGAACAGCUCUGGAUCCAGCGAACGCUCACGAUCGUAUCCUUUGGCGAGUCGCUCGAAGCCAUUGAGCAAUCGCGGUCCGAGCUCGUCGGCGCUGAGCUGCGCAAGCUCACCGAAACCUGCGUCGCGGCCGCGUACGUGCUGCCGCCCGAAGUCGAGCGGCUCAUCGAAGUUGAGGCGCACGAGCUCAACAUCGUUUUGAUUACGAAUCGGCGGUCGCACGCGCACCUCCUCAGCCGCCUGCUCAAGGAAGACGUGCACAAGUUCGUCGACAUCCGGACCGCGUGGGAGGACUGCGAGCGCAACUGGCGCGCGCUCAACCACGACCACGCGAUCGAGGUCUUUCAAACGACACUGACGUCGCCGCUGUACAUGGCGCCGCCGUCACUGCAUGCGAUUCUGAGCCAGCUACGCGACGCCCAGCGCCUCGUGCACGAGAACGAGCGGCUGCUACUGCUCCAGCAGCUCGACCAACACGGCGCGAAUCUGCCGUCCGACGCGAUCCAGAAGCUCGUCGUAUCUUUUGCCGAGAUGUACAAGAAGGAGGAAGAGCGCAAUGCGACGUACUUUGACAUGCUCUUCCGCUGCCAAGCGUCCAUCGUUGCCGACGCCGUCGGCCUCCGCGAGCAGCUUCGCGCCACAUGCCACCGCGUGGGUGCCAAGGCGGAUGAGGGCUGUCUCGGCCAACACGCCGCGCAGCUCGCGGCUUUCCUCGGUAAUAAGGACCUCGACGACUUCUUUCGCAUCGCGGGCGGGCUCCGGAGCGAGCUUGCGUCGAUUGAAGAGCGCUUGGCGUCCCCUGAGAUGAUCUACCAAGCCAACGUCGCCGCGCUCGAGCCGCGGGUCGGCCUCCUCGUGCACGCACUGCCGCUCGAGAGCAUUUUAGACGCGCAAGGCAAGAGCAACGAGCGCAAGACGCUGCAAGGUACCCUCGAGCGGCUCCGGAAGGCGCCCAAGAACGAAAUACUAAGUAUUCUACCGCUCGUACACGCGCAAACCGUGAGCCUCGCCGCGAUCCAAGGGCUCCAUCCGAUGUUGCAGUCGGAGCUGGAAGAAAUCGCCAAGCGUCUCGACAUUCUCAUGCAAGAGAACUCCAGUGACGCCAGCAGCACCCACGCUGCAACCAUAGCAUCCGACCCGCCAGGCUCGGCCGCGUCCAAGUCCAAGAGCAUUGGGCUCGACGCGUUCCAGAUCAUCGACAUUCAGGGCAUCCGCAAGGCGCAGCGCCGGCUCGGCACGUUAGUGUACGCGUCCGACCUACCGCCGACCGUCCAGUCGCUGCUCGCAGUCAUUCUCGACGCCCUCCGCGUGCAGGGGCAUGCCAACGACGUCGUCGACGCGAUCGUCGCAACCGAGUGCGACGGCCUCAUUGCCCUCCGCGAGGCGGAAAUGAAAGCGCUGUUGACGCUGGUCGGCGCGGGCCUCGAGGCGCAGACAACGACGUUGCAUCUGUCGUGCGACCGUGUGACACGCUUUGUGCACAAGGCAGUGACGUGCCUCGAGGCGUACGAAGAGCGCACGCGCGUCGUCAACUUGACGGUUCUCGACCUCCUCGACACGUUGAAAGAGUCGCAUGAAGACAACGUCGCGGCGCUUGAAGAAGCGUUUAGCGCGCGCCGGUCGGCGCUGCGCCAUGCGCCGGACGAAGCCGCGCUCGAAGCCGAGUUUGCCAACUGCCUGGGCCUUUUGGAGCGCAUCGACGACGAGUACCGCAAGUACAACAAAAAGGUGACGCUGGCGUCGACCAACCACCCGAUCGCGAUCACCCGUCAAGCGGCACUGUACCGCAAUAUGCUCAGCAGCCACUUUGGCGUUGUGUCGGCAACGCACGACGACGAGACGGACAUUGAUGCGCUAGUGAGUGCCGAGUGCAUCGAGCGCGCGAUCAACGACCCGGAGCCAGUGGCAGCCGCCGUGAUCGAGCCUGAACCACCGGCGCCCGUGGUCGAGGUCCCGCCCGGCCCGACCCCGCGCAACGGAAAGAAGGAGCUGGUGACGCCAGGACGUGCUGUGCCCGAGCCAGCCAUGGAAGCGGGGACCGGCGCGACCGUCUCGGCGCCAACCAAGCCCGCGACGCCCGCCGUCAAACCAAAGAAAGAGGCGCGCGUGUGCUCGUCAGACGAGCUCUUGGAGUUCAUUUUAGCGCACAAGAUUCUCUUGCCGGGCGAAGAGCCGUCGGACGACGAUGUGGACGCGGCGCCGGAUGCCGUGAACACUGACGACGAUACGGCGAUGAUCCACGACGCGGUCUCGUCCGAGCUUGUGGCGCCGGCAGUGGCCAAUGUACCGGCCCUCGGCGACGUGAUCGUCGUCUUGACAGUGCCCAAGCCGUACCUCUUGAGCCUCCUGGAGCAGCUCCGCAACGCCAUGCUCGCGUCGUUCGAGUCCAAGAGCAAGCUGCACGUUCAGAGCGCCAAAUGCGACGCUGAUGCGCACGUUGAAGAAUACGCGUUCCUUCUCGAAGAGUGCUUGCGCAUGCAUUGGCCGCGUAAAGGCCGCACUGACGUCCAGAUCUACCAGCCGCGCGCAGGCGAGCUCGUGAGCCACCGGCAGCGCCACGGGCGGCACAUCAAAAACAUUCUCAAGAAGCUUACGUUGCAAGAGAGCGCCUUCUUGGAGCUGCACGAGUCCGCCCUCGCGUGUGUGCGCAACCAAGAGAAUAUUUUGCUCGGCCUGCAAGCGCAGCUGCUCAUGCAGACCAGUCUUGCGGCGCUGCAAGGCCUCGAGAGUCGGUCCAAGACGACGUACGUCGAGUUCAAGAGCGCGUGGGCCAAUAUUUUAAGCACCAAGAUGCGGGUCUAUCUGACCGACGAGCCGGCGGCGCUGGCGGCCAUGUGUCGCGAGCUGGUCACGACUUGUUCGCACCACAUUUUUCCCGAUUUGAACUCGGUCGAGGUCAUCUCUGGCUGCGACUACCACCCCGACGAGGUCAAGUACGUCCAGAGCCUCGUGGGCGAGACAGAAGCGACGAUUCAGAAGGCUGUCGCGCACCGUAAAGAGAUGAUUGAUGCGCUCGAGGGCCUCGAACAAGGCAUCCUGUCGCUCCUCGCGACGUUCAAGACACGGUACCAAGCUUGCAUUCAGAACCUUUCGAUCAAGGAAGGCCUUGGCCAAAAGUAUGGCAUGCCGCGGCGCAACGCCCAAGAGCGUCUGCGCUCUGAGAUGAGUCGGUCCGACGAGAUGGCGCGCUCGAUCGAGAGUCUUCUAUCGACCCUCAGGGUGAUGACCACAUCCAGAGAGUGCGCGCUCAAAGGACCCCAUGCGCCGAGCAACCUCGUGCGACAACUUCGGUCGGUUAUUUUGGAGCUCCGGCACAUCAUGUACACACGCGGCCUCUACCUCGGCGUGCUCAAGAACAAAAUGCAAGUCGCGCCGCGCAAAGUGCCGGACGACCUCGAGGCGACGACCAAGUACGACACCGACGUCCGCCAUGAAGCCAUCGCCGACAUCAAGACCUUUAUGGAGUGGACCGUGCAGUUUGAGGCGCAGUGCAUCGCGGACACGAAGAGCCUCUUCCAGGCCGAAGGCAAAGCGAUGGAGCUCCCGCCCGACGGUGUGCCCGACACACUCAAAGAGUACCUCGCCGAUCAGAAGAGCAAGGCGACUAUCUAUGUCCACGCGCAAAUCAAGGCGUUCAAAGGUCAAGUCAAGGCGUUCGCUGCCGUGCUCGCCGUCGCGCCGGCCGUCGCGCUGGACAACAUUGUCGCGCGCGCCAAGGCCGCCGUCGAAGCCAAAGUGCAUGGGCUCGUAACAGCGUUCGAGGCCGAGCGCGCGGACUGGGAGGCGCAGAAGCAGAGGCACAAGAGCUCGCUGACGCCCGACUUGUGCAGUCCCAACCGCGUCGCCGCCGUCGAAGCGCUCUGUGCCAAAGAGGCGGCGCGGACGCUCCAAGUCCAAGCUGCGAUCCGCAACGUGCGUUGGAGCGUUCUCGAAGAGCACAUUGGGAACGCUCGCGUCGUCCAUAAGCGGCUCUUGGCCGCGUUUGUCUCGCUCAUGGAGAUCCUCGACUCGUGCGUCAUGCCCGACGACCUCGCCAAAGACGAGGACGGCGACGAAGAAGAGAAGAAGCGCAAGUCGCUCAAGCGGCUGCGGAAAGCACUGCGCAAAGUCGAGCAUGGCGAUCCGCUCGCGGCGGCGCUCUCGAUCGACGAGCGCAAAGUGCUCGACGCGGCCAAGGAGACGCAGCGCUUUCCCAAGCGGGCGUGGCCCGGCCUCCCGAUCGUCGCGGCCUUUGAAAUACCGCUUGCCGUCCAAGAAGACACGAAGGGAAAAGUGUUUGCAGCAGAAGUCGUCGACGGCAACGGCGCCAUGGUCGCGUACUUGACCGAAGCCCACCGCGCCGCCGUUCUCGGGCGCGACAGCACGUACAACGCGUACCGUGCGUACUGUGCAGCCGCGAUCGAGACAUGGACCAAGCACUACACGGCGCUGUUGACCGAGGAAGAGCUAUGGUUCCUCAACUGGGGCAAACUCAUUCAGUCGAUGCGCCAAGAUUCCUAGCGAGCUCGAGUAAAUGCCAGCGUCUUGUACAUU